CGAAAAUAAAAAUAAAAACCCAAAUCCCCAUCUCCUCUUUUUUCUCUCGGCGGAAGAUGAAGCCGGCGCGGCGGCCGCUGCUGGGCGCGCUGGCGGCGGCGGCGCUGCUCUCCUUCCUCCUCAUCCUCGACCCACCCGGUGGUCUCCUCGUCCUCUUCCCGUCCUCCCUCGUCCGCUCCUCGCCCUACGCGCACCGCCCCAAGCUGCUCUUCCUCCUGGCCGGCCAGUCCAACAUGGCCGGCCGCGGCGCGCUCCCCGCCUCGCUCCCGCCGCCCUACGCCACGCACCCGCGCAUCCUCCGCCUCUCCGCCGCCCGCCGCUGGGUUGCCGCGUCACCGCCGCUCCACGCCGACAUCGACACCCACAAGACCUGCGGCCUCGGCCCCGCCAUGCCAUUCGCGCACCGCGUCCUCUCGUCCGUGUCGGCCGACUCCGCUCCCUCCUCCGUCUCGGACCCCGGCGCCGCCAGCGAUGACGAUCCCCUGGUGCUCGGGCUCGUGCCGUGCGCCGUCGGCGGCACCAGGAUCUGGAUGUGGGCCAGGGGCCAGCCGCUCUACGAGGCCGCCGUCGUCCGGACGCGCGCCGCCGUGGCGGACGGCGGCGGGACGCUGGGUGCCGUCCUGUGGUUCCAGGGGGAGAGCGACACCAUCGAGAUGGACGACGCCCGCUCCUACGGCGGCAAGAUGGAGCGGCUCGUCGCCGAUCUCAGGGCCGAUCUGGGCUUGCCCAAUCUGCUCGUCAUCCAGGUUGGUCUUGCAUCAGGGGAGGGGAAUUACACAGACAUCGUCAGGGAAGCACAGAAAAAUAUCAAUCUUCCUAAUGUCAUUCUUGUUGAUGCUAUGGGCCUGCCGCUGCGUGAUGAUCAGUUACACCUGUCCACAGAAGCUCAACUCCAGCUAGGUGACAUGUUGGCGCAAGCCUAUCUAGAAUUCAACUCAUCAAGAGAACGCAGACUAUAGCAGCGAUAACAACACUGGAUUUUCUGCAAGUGUACAUACCAUCAUUCUUUUAAAUAUGCCAUUGUAUAGUGUAGACCAAUGUACAAGGGGAGAUCUUCCCACGAACGCCCUCUGGCUUGCUAUACGACACAACAAUAAACAGGUUCUGGUAGAAAUUUAGCUCAAACUGUCAAGUGUUGUAAAUUUCGGAAAAGAGAAAUGCUUCUGCUUGUUGAAAUAUGGCUGAAUGACAUUUCAUUUGUGAAGGUAUUCUGACAGCAUACUUGUGAAGGUAUUCUGACAGCAUACUUUUCAAGUUUUAUCUUGUUUGUGA